GUUAACCGAGGUUUAGAGUAUGAACAUGGAGAAGAAGGCAAAGUUAUUGAAAAGCCGGAUGAUGAUAAGCCUAAUGAGAAGCCAGAUGAUGAGCCGGUUUGCAAAGACCAUAUGAAUUACCCAUCUUUGUGGAAAGCAAAUGAAGCUGGAAUGAUUACUUGUCACUGUGGUGCUGAGGGUUUAAAGUUGAAACGC